AUGCUUGCAAGCAUCUGCAUAACUCUUUUCCUUAUAAACAUGCCCAAGUACAUUUUUUUCUCCUUGGUACCGAGAACUUGCACAAGCAAGCCAAUUCGUGGACUUUAUUUUUGCUCUCUGGUGUCCACUAAGAUAUCUCACCUUAGUAGAGGCCUGCUAUUAAUUGAGCAUUGCCAGUGGGCGGCGAAUUUAUUCAUACCGUCCAUUUCAAUUUGGACGCAGAUGGACCGCAUCAUCGCCUGCCUCAAGGUGUACGAAGAGUGGGCAACAAUCGCCUCUGAUGACUCUAGCAUUUGUUGUCAGGCAGCACUUCUUCUUGAGUCCGGUUCGACCGACCGGACGAUGCGGGUCUGGCGUCCUGCCGGUGCCGAGUGGCCCUUCGUCAUGUCCCCCUCCACCAACCUCUCCACCAUUCAUUGCAUCCCCGCCUCCUCUUCCAUACAUGAAAGCCAAACAGAUGGGGAGUCUCAUCGGGGUGUGGAUACCAGCAUUCUUGUACGGAAACUCCAUACUAAUCGUCUGCAGCAUAUCUCCGUGGAGCAUCGCUUCUUGACCAAUGAAAUUACUCUCGGCUCCAUGUCAUCUCUAACAGCGCCGACGCUGCCAUCGGCGAAUGGGAUGAUGUCUGACCACCGUGCUCAUAUUUUUACUGGAGCUUGUAACGGCUCGAAGCUGCCAACCCAGUUCAUUGUCUUUGAUUUUGGUGACAUAUACCACGUGUACCAGUGCAAGGCAUCCGCAACGACGCGCUUCGACGAUUGUGAACAUUCCUACCUUUUUGAUCGCUCUUCGAGAAAGAAAACUCUUCAGUUAACGCAACCCAUCUUCCAUCGCGCCAUGAAUAAUAAUCCCGACGUGUUUCAUAUUGAUAUGCCUGAUGUUCCUGGUAUGGAGGAAGGAAAAAGUGAUUCAGAAGAGUCUAAUCACAACUCGAAAGCAUCAGAGGGUUUUUUGUCCAGAGGUCCACUCUCUGUUGAAGAAAUGAACGAACAUGUUGAACGGGUUGAAAUUUGUGAAGAUACUGUUAACCCCGGACAGCCAAAAGUUCGCCCUCAAGAUUUCACCCUACUUAAAGUCCUUGGGAAAGGAGGCUACGGCAAAGUUUUUCUGGCCCGGAAAAUCACGGGUGUUGACAGUGGGCAAAUAUUCGCCAUGAAAGUUCUCAAAAAAGCCUCAAUUGUUACAAAUGCGAAGGAUACUGCACAUACCAAAACUGAAAGGAAUAUAUUGGAGAUGAUCAAGCAUCCCUUUCUUGUGCAGUUACAUUACGCUUUUCAGACACCGGGGAAAUUAUACCUCGUUCUGGAGUUUCUGGCUGGCGGUGAGCUCUUUACACAGUUGGAAAAAGAAGGUGUGUUCAUGGAGGAUCAAGCGAGUUUUUACCUAUCAGAAAUCAUCUUGGCGAUUGGUCACCUUCAUAAAAUGGGCAUCGUAUAUAGAGAUCUUAAGCCAGAAAACAUCCUCCUAGACACAGAGGGGCAUGUCAAGUUGACUGACUUUGGACUCUCGAAAGAACGUGUUGAUCAAGACUUAACGCACACAUUUUGCGGAACCAUUGAGUACAUGGCACCGGAAAUUUUGCUUCGACAAGGUCAUGGCAAGUCGGUGGAUUGGUGGAGUCUGGGAACACUCAUGUACGACAUGCUUUCUGGAGGGCCUCCUUUUACCGGAGAUGAUAGAAAAAAGACUAUGGAAGCUGUACUACGUGGAAGAUAUACCCUUGCUCCUUAUCUUACUUAUGAGGCCAAGGACCUGCUUAAAAGAUUGCUGAAAAAGACAGUUUCAGAGCGUUUGGGCUCGGGACCGACGGAUGCCGAGGAAAUAAAGCAGCAUCCUUUCUUUCAAUCAAUUAACUGGGAUCAGGUGUACGCACGGCAACUGGAGCCGCCCUUCAAACCGAGUCUUACGUCGGAGACUGAUGUUUCCCGUUUCGAUCCUCUAUUCACCAGUGAAAAUCCUGUUGAAUCGCCGGAUGAUGGUGUUCCUAUCUCCGCUUCUAAUUGCGAUGUCUUCGAUGGUUUCACAUACGUCGACCCACAGGUUCAAAUAUCAAUGGUUCGUGAUCCAUGGGCUUUCGAUGGCUCCACCAACUUGCGGCGACGCAGGCGCUCGGGAAUUUCUAUUGGCAGUUCUCCUGCAUGUGCUGGUAACCCAAUGAUACCAGUUCCGACUAUUCACGGCAUCCCCGCCCCCAAUUUUUUUGGUAGCAUGAACCAAGGAGGCAGUGGUGGACCUGGUCAGCCCUUCGUUUUCGCAGAAGACUUUGAAGAUAUGGAACUCGGUUCGGGACAAGGUGAUCCCGUCGCCCCUCAUUCCGUCUUUCCCUCACAGCUCAUACCCACCAAUCCAAAUCGACCUUCCCGGAAUCAACGGGAUCUCUCUUCUAGUCCUCGAAGACCUAAUCCCAAUUCUUCCUUUGCUCAUUCCGACCAGCAGCCCUCCAGUGGUGGUGGGGAAUCCAUUCCAGGUGUUUCUGCUCCCAAGCGCCCAUUUCUCUCGGGUUCAGAGCUUGUUCUAUUCAGCCGUGUCCGAUCUCUCGAGGAGUUGGAUAAGCGCACCUUGCAAUUGCAAAAUAAGAAGCUCUAUGAGGCUCUCACCGAGAAACGUUCUGCUAUUAGUGAUUUACGGCAACGAAUCGAGCAGCUGGAGAAUAGACAGGCCAAAGAUGAUGCUCUACUCUGCGUCGUUAACCGCUACUGGAAUCAGUUGGAUGAGGACUGCCUUCUCCUUCUGCAACGUUGUGAGGUUGAUGUGGAUGAGAAAGUUUCAAAUUCUGCCGAAUCCUUCCUCAAACAAUUGGCUUCCUGGGAAAAGGAAGAAGUUCCUGAGAAAUUACAACAGCGAGUCCAUUUUUCAAAGCGCAUUAUUGCCAGAUUAUUGAAUUCUCUUGAGAAACUUUUCGUUCAUCAAAGUCGUCUUCGUUCCCUUCUUGUGGAUGAGUUGCAGUCGGACAGGAUUGUGAAGGCAUCCACCGCCACCACAUCCUCCAAGACCUCAUCACGUCCCGGGGGAACAAUUGAGGAAGAAAGUAUGGAAAAGUCCAGCACUAAUGCUACUACUGCAGUAGAUGAUGGGGCUAAAACGGAUGGUGUCUCCGCCUUGUCUUCAAUUGAAAAGGUGAUCGCUGCACUGAGGGAGGAGAUCGCUGCUCUCUCCACCGAGAAUGAUCGGCUGCAAUGUCUUUGCACCAGCAUGCAUGCCAAUCACCGGCAGCAAAGUCUUCGUGUGCUUGAGCUGCAAGAUCAAUGCCAGGCGAACUCCGACGCCGCUGAUGAGUGGAAGGCGAAGUACGAAGAUCUUGAGUACAAACUCCAGCAGUCCACCGCACAGCUUGCCAUUCUCGAUCAUCGUCUUUAUGAUGCUCAGCAGUCGAAGAAGCUUCUUGAGGAAGAAUUGGCUGCCUUAAAGGGCACAUCUGGCUCUCCUGGGGAAGGUACAGAGGAGGCAAGCGGGACGCAGGGGGUAACAAAGAGCAAAUACAACGACAUGCUCUGCGAGUUGGAGGAGCAACGCGAGCUGGCCGCCAACCGCCUUACCGAGCUGGAGCGUCUCCAACGCCAGCACGAGGAGAAGGUGGCUGAGUGCGCGAAGCUCAGCAUGCAGGUGAACGAUCCUCCGGAACAAUUGAUACAAGAUUCACCAAGCUACAAAUCGUUGAAGGUUCAGUUCAACAUUCUCUACGGUGAGGUCAAAUCUCUGCGGUCUCAAUUAGAGGAGUCUCGGAGCAUGAUUCAAACUAUUCGCAAUGCUCACCUGAAACAAAUUGAAGAAAUGGAGGCGAACGAGACGGCCAUUUUGAAUCAGAUGCGUGGUGAGAUGUUGGCGCAGGAGGAGCUUUACUCCAAACUUCGACGCGAGUUCGAGAUGAUCGAGGCUGAUUUUAAGCAGACAGUAGCGCACAACGAGCAGGCGGGUCCCAUAAACAGUGAAAUGCGCAGCCUCAUCACCACACUGCAGUUACAAAACAAGCAGCUCAAAAAUGAGGUUGUCCGCUAUCGACGCAAGUCUAAGGAGGCGGCUCAUGAUUGUCAAAUGGCGACUAAUGAACUAAAAGCCACGGAAGAGGAGCUUUCCCGCGCUAGAGCAUCUUUGGCCGAAGCCACAGCCGCCGUGAUCCAACUUACAGAUGAACUUGCCGCCUCAAACCCGACGCCCUCUACUAUCGCUCCUUCGGAACCUUCUCAGACCUCAGACUCGCCUCCUAGGAAGCGUGAACGCGAGAACGACACGGAAAGAAAAGGCGCUGAUGAAGGAGUCUCCUCCAGUCGUUCUAGCGGUACUGAGCCUGCGACAUCGCAUAGUGAAGCUUCGUCGAAAGAUCGGAAAGGCUCCUCUUCCUCUCAAUCUCCUGAGGAAAUUAUUCGUGAUUUGCGUAAUCAAUUGAAAAUAUCACAGGAGGCUGAGAAGGAGAUGUCUGUUUUGCUGAGUAUGUAUAAGGUUAUUCCUAAGGACCAGCGUGAUAAGGCUACUCUUCUUCAAGUUGAAGCGAAACUGCGUGCUGAGCUCUCGGAGGCGCGAUCCGAACUAGCCACUCUGCAGUCGGUCAACGCUGAUUUGCAAGCUCGCUGUGCUCAACUUCAACGAGAGUAUCGCAUCGCUACCUCCUCCACUUUCCCAUUGAAGAGAGAGCUCGAAGAGCAGGCUGAUUUGCCAGAAAAGAAAGUGGCUGGUGAGGGCAAUUCCACUGCCCACUCUGAGGAACCUUCGCCAAGGGAGGGGUCUGUCGCUACUGGCUCUGGUGCGGUAGGACCCAGCGCUACCAACCCUUCUCAUCAAACAUCUCCGCUGUCAAUCUCUACCUGUAUGAACGUGGUGUCCCCAGAGAGCGGUGAAAAAUCGGCAUCUGCUGCGCCUAUCCUGCCUCCCCCUCCGCCGCCACCACCACCAACACCUCACCCGCUUAUGCCACCGGUUCCAAGGAAGACUUCAAAUCUAGAUGAGGAUAAAAAGGCCUGGCAGGUUGCCGAGCUUCAGCAGGAACUCCAACACACUCAACGUCGCUGUCAUACACUGGAACAGCGCGUCAGUACUCUCCAACAGCACCUCCUCACUGCCAAACAGCAGGAGGAUGUUAUGCUGAAGGAAAUGGAGGUAACGGGCCAGGCGUUUGAAGAUGUGCAAGAGCAGAACUCACGUUUGUUGAAGAGUCUGCGUGAAAAAGAUGAUGCAAAUUUAAAUCAAAUGACAGAGUGGAUGAAGACCAGUCAGUUGGCUCGUUUGUUGAAGGAGGAGAAGAAGCUGUUGGAUGAGCAGGUGCGUCUGAUGCAGGCGAAAAUAGAGGCUCUCACUCGCGCCAUUCAGAAGCAGGAAGACAAGGAGCGUCUCCUGCUGACGAACCUGGAGACACUGGAGAAGGAGGCAGCUUUACGACAGCAGUCACAGGAGGCCUACAAGCGCAAGUCGGUGGAAUGCCAGCAACGCGAGGAGGAUCUGCGUGUCACUGUACAGAAGUACCUCGCCCAACUUAACGAGGCGCAGACCUCUGUGCAGGAGAAGGCCUCCGCCUACGAGCAGGUCUCUUUUCGUCACCAACGACUCCAGGAGGAAUACACUACUCUUAAACGCAAGUAUGAGCGUUUGCGGAAGAUCGAGCAAUCGCACAAUGCUGAUGAGGUUCUUUUGGCCGAAAUUCAAGAUUACAAGGAGCAGCUGGCCUGUCCGACCUGCAAGACACACAAGAAGGACGCCAUCCUAACCAAGUGUUUCCACGUCUUCUGCCUCAACUGCCUGAAGACCCGCUACGAGACGCGCAAUCGCAAGUGCCCCAAGUGCAAUGCCACCUUCGGAGCAAACGACUACCAUCGCAUUUACCUCACCUGA